ACAGCGGCUCCUGCGCGACUUAUAAGAGCUCCUUGUGCGGCGCCAUUUUAAGCCUCUCGGUCUGUAGCAGUCGCGUUAGACCGGCUGCGAGAGCGAAGAGCGAGGGGAGGCGGAGACGGAGGAACGUCCGUGAAGCAGCUCCAGUCCCCGCCGAGCCGCCACCGCAGGCCGAGGACGGUCGGACUACAGCGGCGGGAGGAGCCUGUUCCCCUGAGGGUAUCUGAAGGACACCAUACAACCGUUUUUGAAAAUCCUCUGCGUGGACAAUGGCUACUCAAGCUGAUUUGAUGGAGCUGGACAUGGCCAUGGAGCCAGACAGAAAAGCAGCUGUCAGUCACUGGCAGCAACAGUCUUACCUGGACUCUGGAAUCCAUUCUGGCGCUACUACCACAGCCCCUUCUCUGAGUGGAAAAGGCAAUCCUGAGGAAGAAGAUGUGGAUACCGCCCAACAAGGCCUCUAUGACUGGGACCACCAGGGCUUUUCUCAGUCCUUCACUCAGGAACAAGUAGCUGAUAUUGAUGGGCAGUACGCCAUGACUCGCGCUCAGAGGGUGCGAGCUGCCAUGUUCCCCGAGACCCUGGAUGAGGGCAUGCAGAUCCCAUCUACGCAGUUUGAUGCCGCUCAUCCCACCAAUGUCCAGCGUUUGGCUGAACCAUCACAGAUGCUGAAACAUGCGGUGGUAAAUCUGAUUAACUAUCAAGAUGAUGCAGAACUUGCCACACGUGCAAUCCCGGAACUGACAAAACUGCUCAAUGAUGAGGACCAGGUGGUGGUGAACAAGGCUGCAGUUAUGGUCCAUCAGCUUUCUAAAAAGGAAGCUUCCAGACACGCCAUCAUGCGUUCUCCUCAGAUGGUGUCUGCUAUUGUACGUACCAUGCAGAAUACAAAUGAUGUGGAAACAGCUCGCUGUACUGCUGGGACCUUGCACAACCUUUCCCAUCACCGUGAGGGCUUGCUGGCCAUCUUUAAGUCUGGGGGCAUUCCUGCUCUGGUAAAGAUGCUUGGCUCACCCGUGGAUUCUGUGUUGUUUUAUGCCAUCACAACUCUCCACAACCUUUUAUUGCAUCAAGAAGGAGCUAAAAUGGCAGUGCGUUUAGCUGGCGGGUUGCAGAAAAUGGUUGCCUUGCUCAACAAAACAAAUGUUAAAUUCUUGGCAAUCACGACAGACUGCCUUCAGAUUUUAGCUUAUGGCAAUCAAGAGAGCAAGCUGAUCAUUCUGGCUAGCGGUGGACCUCAGGCUUUAGUCAAUAUAAUGAGGACCUACACUUACGAGAAGCUGCUGUGGACCACAAGCAGAGUGCUGAAGGUGCUGUCUGUCUGCUCUAGUAACAAGCCAGCCAUUGUAGAAGCUGGUGGAAUGCAAGCUUUAGGACUUCACCUGACAGACCCAAGUCAGCGUCUUGUUCAGAACUGUCUUUGGACUCUUAGGAAUCUUUCAGAUGCUGCAACUAAACAGGAAGGGAUGGAAGGUCUUCUUGGGACCCUUGUUCAGCUUUUGGGCUCAGAUGAUAUAAAUGUGGUCACCUGUGCAGCUGGAAUUCUUUCUAAUCUCACCUGCAAUAAUUACAAGAACAAGAUGAUGGUGUGCCAAGUGGGUGGUAUAGAGGCUCUUGUACGUACUGUCCUUCGUGCUGGCGACAGGGAGGACAUUACUGAGCCUGCCAUCUGUGCUCUUCGUCACCUGACCAGCCGACACCAGGAAGCAGAGAUGGCCCAGAACGCUGUUCGCCUUCACUACGGACUGCCAGUUGUGGUUAAACUCCUACACCCACCGUCCCAUUGGCCUCUGAUAAAGGCUACUGUUGGAUUGAUUCGAAAUCUUGCCCUUUGUCCAGCAAAUCACGCGCCCUUGCGCGAGCAGGGUGCCAUUCCACGUCUAGUUCAGUUGCUGGUUCGUGCACAUCAGGAUACCCAGCGUCGUACGUCUAUGGGUGGAACACAGCAGCAGUUUGUGGAGGGGGUCCGCAUGGAGGAGAUAGUUGAAGGCUGCACCGGAGCCCUUCACAUCCUGGCUCGGGAUGUUCACAACCGAAUCGUGAUCAGAGGGCUAAACACCAUUCCGCUGUUUGUGCAGCUGCUUUAUUCUCCCAUUGAAAACAUCCAAAGAGUAGCAGCGGGGGUCCUCUGUGAACUUGCUCAGGACAAGGAGGCUGCAGAGGCAAUUGAAGCUGAGGGAGCCACCGCCCCUCUGACAGAAUUACUCCACUCGAGGAACGAGGGUGUGGCCACAUACGCAGCUGCUGUUUUAUUCCGAAUGUCUGAGGACAAGCCACAGGACUAUAAGAAACGGCUUUCAGUGGAGCUGACCAGUUCUCUCUUCAGAACGGAGCCAAUGGCUUGGAAUGAGACUGCUGAUCUUGGACUUGAUAUUGGAGCCCAGGGAGAGCCCCUUGGAUACCGCCAGGAUGAUCCCAGCUAUCGUUCUUUUCACUCCGCUGGCUACGGCCAGGAUGCCUUGGGUAUGGACCCCAUGAUGGAGCACGAGAUGGGCGGCCACCACCCCGGCGCUGACUACCCAGUGGACGGGCUGCCGGACCUGGGGCACGCCCAGGACCUCAUGGACGGGCUGCCUCCAGGGGACAGCAAUCAGCUGGCCUGGUUUGAUACUGACCUGUAAAUCAUCCUUUAGCUGUAUUGUCUGAACUUGCAUUGUGAUUGGCCUGUAGAGUUGCUGAGAGGGCUCGAGGGGUGGGCUGGUAUCUCAGAAAGUGCCUGACACACUAACCAAGCUGAGUUUCCUAUGGGAACAAUUGAAGUAAACUUUUUGUUCUGGUCCUUUUCGGUCGAGGAGUAACAAUACAAAUGGAUUUUGGGAGUGACUCAAGAAGUGAAGAAUGCACAAGAAUGGAUCACAAGAUGGAAUUUAUCAAACUCUAGCCUUGCUUGUUAAAUUUUUUUUUUUUUAAUAUCUGUAAUGGUACUGACUUUGCUUGCUUUGAAGUAGCUCUUUAAUUUUUUUUUUUUUGCAGUAACUGUUAGUUUUUUAAGUCUUGUAGUGUUAAGUUAUAGUGAAUACUGCUACAGCAAUUUCUAAUUUUUAAGAAUUGAGUAAUGGUGUAGAACACUAAUUCAUAAUCACUCUAAUUGUAAUCUGAAUAAAGUGUAACAUUGUGUAGCCUUUUUGUAUAAAAUAGACAAAUAGAAAUGGUCCAAUUAGUUUCCUUUUUAAUAUGCUUAAAAUAAGCAGGUGGAUCUAUUUCAUGUUUUUGAUCGAAAACUUUAUUUGGGAUAUGUAUGGGUAGGGUAAAUCAGUAAGAGGUGUUAUUUGGAACCUUGUUUUGGACAGUUUACCAGUUGCCUUUUAUCCCAAAGUUGUUGUAACCUGCUGUGAUACAAUGCUUCAAGAGAAAAUGCAGUUAUAAAAAAUGGUUCAGAAUUAAACUUUUAAUUCAUUC